UCGACACCUUUACACACGCCGAGCUCGGAAAGUGAACGUGGUUCUGUGAAUACGCUCUGCGGGUACUGAUCAAAGGAAGACGAUUAUUCAAGGCCACCAUGUACGAAACCCCACAACGUGAAGGCGGCGACAUCACCGCCGCCGACAUGGUCGUACCGGAAGAACCCAGCGAAAUAGCGAAAUUUUACGCCAACUCUACGAUUUUUCUGACUGGUGCCACCGGUUACCUCGGGAAAAUGUGCAUGGAAAAGCUCCUGAGGGAGUGUUACGAUUUGAAGAAAAUCUAUGUGAUGGUACGACCGAAAAAAGGCAAGGAUGUGCAAACCAGAUUCGAGGAGAUUUUCGAUGGUCCGAGCAUGGAACCCUUGAAACGCAAACGCCCCAACUUCGCCACCAAAGUUUGCCUCGUCAGCGGCGACUGCUCUUUGCCCAAUUUAGGUUUAAGCGACGAAGACCUAGACAAGUUAAUUAACGAAACUAACUGCAUCAUCCACUGCGCCGCCACUGUCCGUUUCGACGAGAAAAUCCGCGCAGCCGCCAAUAUCAACGUCAGGGCCGUCAUGGACUUGAUGAAAAUAGCCAAGCAAAUGAAGGAUUUGAAGGCUAUGAUUUACGUAUCUACAGCAUUUUCGCACUGCGUUAGGAAGGAAAUCAGCGAAGUCUUCUAUCCACCACCGAUUGAGAGCCACAAGUUACUAUCUCUUUUGGAAUCUUUAGAUGACGACAAAUUGGACAAAAUUACACCCAUAUUGCUGGAUGACUACCCUAACACAUAUGUCUUUACUAAAGCGGUAGCAGAAGAUGUGAUCAGAACCGAAGGAAAAAGCUUACCGGUUGCGGUACUUCGACCAUCUAUAGUGAUAGCAUCCCUCAAAGAGCCCGUAGCAGGAUGGAUCGACAACCUCUACGGAGCCACUGGAGUACUCGUAGGAGCUGCUAUGGGUGUCCUAAGAAGUCUCUACGGCAAAAAGGAAAACAGAGCAGAAAUGGUACCAGCCGACUACGUCAUCAACUGUGGCCUAGCGAUUGCCUACGACGUUGCUGCGACAAAAACUUUGAACGAAAACAAAGAGCAAAACGGCCGUGAGCCUCAUCACGUCAAAUUUGAAGACCAAGUACCCAUUUACAAUUUCGUCAGUUCUGCGGAGUCCCCAAUUACGUGGGACGAUUAUACCAAAUUGGCUGAAAGACAUGCAAAGCAAGUACCGAGUCCUCUCGUCCUCUGGCAUUACAUAUUCACGUUGCGGUCUUCGAAACUGCAGCAUCUAAUUGCAGUUUUCUUUUUACACACCAUUCCAGCAUAUUUGGUGGACUUUAUCGCCGUUUGCUUGGGCAAAAAACCUAUGUUGGUUAAGGGCUACCAAAAGGUGCAGAAAUUCACCGACGUCAUAGGCUACUUCAGCUCUCGAGAAUGGGUCUUUACUAAUGACAAUGUGCAGUUGCUGUGGAAAAGGCUAUCCACACGUGACAAGGAACUGUUCGAGUUUUCAAUGAAGAACUUCAACUGGGACAGUUACUUUUACACGUAUGUCCGAGGUGCCAGAACUUAUUUGCUCAAGGACCCGAUGUCUACGUUACGAGAAGGAGCCGUGAAGUACUACAAACUGAUGGUGCUGCAUUACGCGCUUGUAACAGUCCUAUGCUUAAUUUUGUAUAAAGGUUUGUCGCUAUUGUGCGGAUUUUUUUUGAAUGUUUUAUUUUAAAUGUUACCAUGUGUUAAGUAGUUAAGUGUAGGUUGUUUAUAAUGUUAUUUAAGAUGCAGUAAGUUGAAAUAACUGGCUUGCCAUUGUAACCUCAGCAGCGUAGGGAAUAAAGACGUGAUAUUGUAUUCUUGACGCAUAUUACACAAGUGAUUUACAGAGGUGUAUACUUAUGUUUUUGUACCAAAUUUAAAACGUUACCUUAAAAUAAACGCUAGUGAAUUUACGUUA